CAAUUUCUUCUGUUGUACACUGCCUUAGAGCCUGUGUAUGUAAGUAAGAAAAACAUAUGCUGGCUGAAGACUCCUAAAGGCAUAAUUAAUAAUGAACGUGAGCUGCCCUAAUGAGAACAUUACUUCAAUACUUCGCCCUAUUCAAUUGAUGACCUAUAUUCCCACAUUCAUUAUUGGUUUCAUACUGAACUCAUUCGCUCUGUGGAUCUUCUGUUGUUCCAUGAAAAAAUACACAGAGGCUUCGAUAUAUUUGAUGAAUCUGGCAAUCCUGGAUCUCUUUCUUGUUCUGUCUUUACCCUCAAAAAUACACUUCUCCCAAGAUAAAAUCAAUGUGAACAGUCAUCUGUGUGGCUUCAUACAAUCCCUCUACUUUACAAAUAUGUAUGGCAGCAUCUACACAAUUACGUUCAUCAGCUUGGACAGAUACAUAGCCAUUAUCCAUCCUUUCUAUGCCAGGGUUCUACGCUCACCCAAAAAGACCAUAAUAAUAUGUGUCACUAUAUGGGUCGUUGUGUGGAGUGUUUCUUUAUUCACAUUUUUUUACAAAGUGAAAUCGGAAAAUGUUAAAUGUUUCCAUAACCUGUCUGAAAACAUUUGGAGUCCUAACAUAAUAAUACCUCUGGAAAUGUUUGGAUUUGUGAUCCCUAUGACCAUCAUGUUGUAUUGUUCUAUUCAGAUAAUCAGGACACUUCUGGUCCCCGUAUCAUCCUCAGUAGAGUCAGAAGAAUCCAAGGCUGUUAUUGUACGCAUAAUCAUCUGUAAUCUGGUGGUGUUUGUGAUUUGCUUCAGCUUUACUCAUAUUGGCAUCUUCUUGCAAUUUCUGGCUAAAAGACAGAUCAUUUCAGACUGCACAGUGAAAAAACACAUUAGCAUUUUUCUGCAGGUGGCACUUUGUAUAUCUAACAUUAACUGCUGCCUUGAUGCCCUUUGCUACUAUUUUUCGGUGAAAGAUUUUCGAGUCAAACUUAAGUAUAAGCCAAGUGUGACACAGGUGGAAAAUGUGAACACAUUGUCUAGACCAGUGUUGCCAACCUACCAGAUUGAAAUUUACUGACAUGACAUUCAAAAUUUACUAGCAUUUCCAAAAGUUACAAAAUUAUAGUUUUAAGUGUAAAUUUCAGUAUUUAGACUACAAACAAGCACAAUAGGCAAUUAGCAAUGUGAUUUAAGGGAGAUAUUAAGGAAAUCACAUAUUUCUUAUUUUAUUUUCAAUAUAAUAAGUAAGUACCUCAGGGACAGGACUCAGGAGAGCAAGAGUUUGGAAUUGGCAGGCACACAUGCAUUAAAUUUCCUCUGACAGUAACACCGACAGCAGUGUGCAGCAAAGAUCACCGACACGACACGUUCCCUCUUGAGUCACAGUGACAGACUCUCCAUGCCAGGUGGUCGAUUUAGUCCACUCCAGUCCAAACAGCACUGACAGUCCUGCUCUCGGCUUGCCUUGCUCCUAUUCUGCAGAGCCGCACAUGAGGCUCCAGCUGCUCCGCUCGGGUCCCUUGCGCUAUGACUUCACACUUCGCACUCAGGCACUCCCUCCACCAGUGCCGCCCUCUACCGUCCCCACCCAAACACACUGUAACAGGCACUGAGAGGGUUUUGGAAAGCUCCAGGCAGGAACUGUGCAUGCACAGUUCCAAACCAAACGUCACUGCCAUAUUUUUUUACUGGCAACUUUUUUCUGUCACUGGCAUUUACU